AUGUUUCUCAUUCUCUUUUUUUUUUUUCGGAUUUUCCUCAUCCAGUUUCUUCUCACCUUUGUUUUCUAUUCUUUCUUUCUUUUUUUUUCUUUCUUUCUUUCUUUCUUUCUAAUUCUGCCUUGUCCAUGUUUCUCAUUCUCUUUUCUUUUUUUCGGAUUUUCCUCAUCCAGUUUUCUUCUCACCUUUGUUUCUAUUCUUUCUUUCUUUCUUUCUUUCUUUCUUUCUAAUUCUGCCUUGUCCAUGUUUCUCAUUCUCUUUUCUUUUUUUCGGAUUUUCCUCAUCCAGUUUUCUUCUCACCUUUGUUUCUAUUCUUUCUUUCUUUCUUUCUUUCUUUCUUUCUUUCUUUCUAAUUCUGCCUUGUCCAUGUUUCUCAUUCUCUUUUCUUUUUUUUGGUUUUCCUCAUCCAGUUUCUUCUCACCUUUGUUUCUUUUCUUUCUUCUUUCUUUCUUUCUUUCUUUCUUUCUUUUUUAA